UGCUUAACGGUACGAACCGUGAGACACUCGAGGCCGUGCGGCGCAUCCAAAAGUUGUCACCGUCGAGCCAAAACUGGUGGUGACCUUUUGCACGACAUGCAGGAGUCGAGCCCCUGACCCCUGAGCUUAAAUGUUGCCUUCAGGGAGUGAAGUGAAGUGAAGUGAGCUCUUUUUCGUUUCUUCCUCCGGGCGAAGCUCCUUCCUUCCUUCCCCUUGCUCUCACUAGCUCGUCGCUACUCACGGCCCUGCCCUGAAGAGUGAAGAACACAAUCUUGCACUCCGGCAAUGUCGGGCUUUGUGCCCCCGCAGGCAUUUCCGCCGCCGCAGAGAAUGGUGCCAGCGGCGUAUAGCGGGGCCGAGGGGGCUGCAGCGGCGAAGGGCGGCUCGUACGGCCCGGUGAUCGCCAUGCUUGCCGUCCUCGCCGUGCUCGCGGCGGUGGCCAUCGCCGUUGGGCGGCUCUGCUUCGGGCGGCGCGCGCUCGGCCAGGCCGGCGGCCAAGACCUGGAGGCCUGGGUGGAGCGGACGUGCGCGCCGUGCGUCGGCGCCCGCGAGCGCUCCUCCAGCCCAACCGCCGGUAGGGACCUGGCGAAGGAGGAGGAAGUCGGUGGCACGGCGGCGGAGCAGCUGCCCGAAGGAAUGGAGCGAGGGGAGGGCAGUGGUGGUGGGUCAUGAGACCAGCGGGUCUAGCUUGCUGCGCCACUGUAAAUUUCUUCCUCGUAACCUCAUUGUUCUCUUUGAUGAUUUCUUGUUGCAAUUUUUUGGAAUGUGGUAGUAGGAAAAUCUUUAGCAACUAGCUAGGUCCCGAGUUGGAGCCCUUUUGAAUUCCGUGGGGCUCGCGACAAGGUCUGUGUGUGAUGACUGAUGAGCUGAUUAUCCAGUUGCAAAAUGGCAUUGCAAAACGGAACUGAUUUGAUGUUUGAUUGA